AUGUCACCAAAAUAUGUCAAGAGGGUGACUCUCUUCAAGGUGCCCAAGGAGGAAGACAUUGAUGCCAUCCUCGCAGAGUACCAAGUUAUGCGAAGCACUGCACAAAAGGAUGGACAACCAUACAUUGUCUCCAACGAGGCGACUCGGGUCAUCAAUUCGUCAGAAGAGCGGAGUCAAGGCUACACCGUGAUUGCGGUCACGACCUUCAAGUCGCGGGAAGACGUGGAUUUCUACGACAAAGGGUGCGCCGCGCACAAGAAGCUGAGAGAGUUCAUCACCCCCAGACGGACCGGGUUUGCAACGUUGCACUAUGAGAGCGAUAUCUGA